AUGUGCACAUGGACACCAUUGGACCGCUACCCAACAUUAAAAGAUACCGAUUACUACGUAACAAUGAUCGAUCGUUUCACAAGGCCUGAAGCAGUUCCAGUUCAAGAUAUUUCAGCGGACACCGUCGUGGAUGCACUUUUUCAUACCUGGAUAGCACGUUUCGGCGCGUCCACGACAAUCACUACCACUCAAGGAACACAAUUCGAAUCGCAACUGUUUAGAUCUCUGACUAAUCUUCUGGGAUGCAAACCAUUACCAGUUGCUCUGUUAAGAUUACGCACCAGCAUCAAAGAAGACAUAAAGGCCACAGCAGCAGAAUUGGUAUAUGGAACUACCCUACGUUUACCAGCCGAAUAUUUCUUCAACGAAGAUGUUGCACCAGAACCAAAGACUUUUAUACAACAUUUCCGAGAGCACAUGCGGAAUGUCAGGUCUACACCAACAGCCCAUCACAGUAAAAGGAAGACAUUCACGCAUAAGACUUUACAUAUAUGUACCCACGUCUUUGUGCGAGUGGACAAAGUAAAAGGCCCACUAGAACCACCAUACGAAGGACCAUACCCGAUAAGCGAAAGAAUCACAGAUCAUGUAUUUAAAGUUCUUAUUAAAGGAGAGACAGUUAACAUCUCAGUAGAUCGCCUUAAACCGGCAUUCAUGGAAGCAGGAUUUGAGGAAGAAGGCGAGUCAUCAUCAACGCAAGCCACGGAAACCAUCAAAUUGAGAGUUUACCCAGGCAAACGCGUUAGAUUCGCGGCUCAGUCUUAA